AUGGCAGUCAAGUUCAGCCAGUCGUCUUUGACGAAAGGCACCAUCACGGCACCACACCUGAACAGGCAACAUUCCUACAGCACAAGACAGGACGGUGGACGAUCUCAGCCAGGCGACGCCACUACUGUGCUUGCCAACGUAGCCUCACGAGCAGCGUCGCCAGGGAGGAAAAGUCCAUCAACGAGCCCAUUGCCAUCACCAACAGAUACUCCAAGCAACGGACGACGAACCUCUUGGGAGGACUGUAAGCUGAUGCGACAUGGCGGCUACAUCUCCUUUCCAGAUUUCGAUCAACUUCGUGCUUCCAAUCAGGAUAAGCGUUCAUGA